AUGUUUCACUCAGUGCCCCGUCGUGUCACCACCGAAGUCGGUGUUAAGUCUCUCCGGCUCCCGGGCGUCAGAUCAUUUCGACGGGUUGUGCAGGAGGAUGACGGCCGAGGCUCGCCGCUGUGGCUGGGCAGGGCCGCGGGUCAGCUCCUGUCCACCCUCCGACGCGUUGGCGUCUUCGUCGCGGAGACGAGAUCUGGACAUAACAACAAGGGCUUACUGUCCAUAUUCGCGGAUCAUUGCGGCUUUGUCACUGGUCAGAGGCUUCGGCGUGCGUGUCGGAUCGCCGAACUGUACUCCAACCUAUACUCAGAAAGGACCCGUUGGACCCUUGUGGGAAGCAUAUGGCGUAGGUUCCAGAGCAAGCAUCCUUCCCCGGGCAAGCUAAUCGCGGCCCUUGCGGGGGUCUUCAUGUGGGACAAUGAGAAGAUUCAAGAUGAGGAAAUGCACAGAUGCGGGCUAGAGCUGCAGGCUCUCGAGGCUGUGAAGAGCCUAAACGCAAACGCGGGGACGGCAAGUGGUCGCGCGGAACCCGGCUGGGAAGUAGUGAUGGAGAAGAAGGACUUCCGAGUAUGGAAGCGGCCAAUUCCUGACAGUCACCUCUAUGAGUACAGAGUGUUGGGCUCAUAUAGUGAUGUGACACCAAGGCAGUUCUUCAACGUGCAGUUGGAUACAGAGUACAGAAAGAAGUGGGAUUCUUUGGUGAUCAAACUGGAAGUGGUAGACCGGGACGUCAACACUGGUUCUGAAGUUAUACACUGGGCUACACACUUUCCUUAUCCCAUGUACUCCAGAGACUACGUGUAUAUGCGGCGUUAUGAGGUCGACUUGGAAAACAAUCUGAUGAUCCUAGUUUCCCGCGCCGUGCAGCAUCCCAGAGUUCCAGAGUCCCAGGAUUUUGUGAGGGUUCACUCAUAUCAAUCCAAGAUGGUCAUCCGUCCUCAUAAGUCCUUUGAUGAGAACGGAUUUGACUACCUGCUGACCUAUAGUGACGACCCUCAGACCGCCUUUCCUCGUUACUGUGUGAGCUGGAUGGUGUCAAGCGGCAUGCCAGACUUCCUGGAGAAACUUCACACUGCUGCUUUGAAGGCCAAGAACUUAGAGGUGGGCAUCCACGACUACGCCGGCAUCAUCAAGUCCAACGACAACACGGGCCGCCAGCUCAAUCAGGAGCGCCUCGCCGCCGAGAAGAAACACGCCGGCGGUCCCGGUCAGAUUUACGCUUGA